AUGAAGAGCUUCGUUGGUUUAUCCCACCGAAAGACGACGUCCGAUUCCAAUCGUGCUGCAGCCAUUUUCCUUUCAUCUGACUCCCAGUAUGACGCAGACCACGUGACAUCCUCCUUCAUUUCAGGCCUGCUCCGGGAGCACUUCAACUCGUACAGCUACUGCUUCCUGCUCGGUGGCGCCUGCUUCCUCGGCUGUGCCAGCUGCCUCGUCUCGCUCUGGUGCCAGAGCAAAGUCCCCGGUUGCGCCACGUGCCUCCCGAACGCGCGACACGCUCUCCUCCGUCUCCGGCCGCCAUCGCAACGACGCCAGCAUCUGCUUGGCCACCAAUUCGUCUGCCUGAGGCGAUCGCCUCCGCCGCAUGCAUCUCAAGUCUCCCAAUUCUGCAACGCCUGUCAUUCGUCAGCGGGCCCCGGUGUCCUGGCAACCGGACAACUGGCCCGCCAGACGGCGCAGAUGCCUAGCCUCGGUCUGGCUCUGCCUCCGGACAUCGGCAAGUCGAGGCUUUCGGUCAACCUCAGCUCCGGUCCAUCAUUUCGUCAGCCUGUCCGAACACUGUCGCCUCGCGACCGUCUGUGGAGCCGAGGCAAACAAGACGGUAUCAUCUGCCGACUGGGACUCGACUGA